AUGAGCGCGAUCCUUUCGGCAGACGAUCUGAAUGAUUUCAUUUCGCCGGGGGUCGCGUGUAUCAAGCCAGUUGAGACACUUCCACAAAAAGACACAAAAAAUUCGGAGAACGCCUAUGAAGUAACUACCGAAGACAAAGUUCAACCAGAAGAACUACCUCCCGCGCAGAUUUCUCUGACUGACUGCCUUGCUUGCUCUGGCUGUGUUACAUCCGCGGAGGCAGUCUUGAUUUCCCUUCAGUCUCAUACUGAGGUUCUUAACACGCUCGAUGCAUACCCGGAAAUUCCUCUGACGCAUGGACACAAUGGAAAGGUGGCGAACAAUGCCGGUGAAUUUGGCGAGAGAAAGAUUUUCGUGGCCAGUGUGAGCCCACAGGUUAGAGCAAGCUUGGCGACAACAUAUGGGCUUGCGGGGGGAGGCAAGAAUGGCAGCGGCUUUACAUGGGUUGUAGACACAAAUGUCAUGCGAGAGGCCGUCCUGGUUCUUACCGCAGAUGAGGUGUCGGACUCGCUCAUCUCGAGAGACUCGACCAGUCAAUCGGAUGACUCUCUUCCGAAGCGGCCCAUCCUGUCAUCCGCAUGCCCUGGAUGGAUUUGCUAUGCCGAGAAGACACAUCCGUUUAUACUUCCGCAUCUGUCCCGACUCAAGUCACCGCAGGCUUUAUCGGGAACGUUUCUCAAGACCGUCCUAAGCAAGUCUCUCGGGGUCCACCCCUCUCAAAUCUGGCAUUUGGCAGUUAUGCCUUGCUUUGAUAAGAAGCUGGAAGCUAGUCGAGAAGAGCUCACAGAUGUGUCAUGGCGAAACGGAGAUGAAAUAGGCUCUGACGCACAGCCUGUCCGUGACGUAGACUGUGUCAUCACUGCCCGUGAGCUCCUAUCUCUAGCUUCCGCUCGAGGAUUCUCCCUGCCAAAGUUGCCCUUGCAAGCUUUGCCAGCAUCCUUUACCCCGCCAUUCCCCGAGAAAACACUCGAAUCCUUCAUUUCCUUCAAACUUUCUCGGACCGAACAAUCUCUUGCUACGGGCACCUCUGGAGGCUAUCUGCACCAUGUUCUCAUGAACUUCCAAUCCCGCAACCCUGGCAGUGAACUUGUGGUCAAUCGUGGGCGCAAUGUUGACGUUGUAGAGUAUGUUCUCAUGUCCCAAGAAAACCAGCCGAUCUUGAAGGCAGCUCGCUAUUACGGCUUCCGAAAUAUCCAAAACCUUGUCCGGAAGCUCAAACCUGCGCGGGUGUCGAGACUUCCUGGUGCAAAGCCCGCCGUCAAACCCGCCGCAGGUCGGCGCCAGCCCAUGUCACGCAAUGCUGCCUCCACAGGCAGCUCUGGAUCUGAUUACGCCUAUGUUGAAGUAAUGGCCUGCCCAGGUGGUUGCACGAAUGGCGGUGGUCAGAUUCGAGUGGAGGACGCCAGAGAAGCCGUCGCCCCCACCCAAGAUGAGGAAACAGGUGCGAUUGUCAAGGCAUCGCCCCACGAGCAGCGCGCAUGGCUCGCGCGCGUUGAUGAGGCAUAUUAUUCCAUGGAAUCGGAUUUUGAGCCCGAGGCGGAACCACAGUCGCAGCAGGUUUCAGUAGCUGGAAAGGAAGCUAAGAUCCAUGAAGGCCUACGUCGCUGGUCCCAAUUCAUGAAUAUCCCACUUUCUAAGCUCGUAUACACUACAUACCGCAAGGUUGAAAGUGACGUUGGCAAGGACCAAACGCCUGCUAAUGAUACGACUCGUGUCGUUGAACUAGCUGGCAAGAUUGGUGGUGGUUGGUAA